AUGAUUCCCACCCCACACCCACACCCACACCCACACGAGUCUGGUUGGGUUGAUGGCCGUGCCACAUUUUACGGUGACAUCAAUGGUGGAGAAACUCAACAGGGAGCUUGUAAUCUACACAAACAAGGAUAUGGUCUAGAGACAGCAGCACUAAGCACGGCCCUAUUCAACAAUGGGUCAACGUGUGGGGCUUGUUACGAGAUAAAGUGCACGAAUGCUCCGCAAUGGUGUUUGCCUGGCUCUAUCAAGAUCACAGCUACAAACUUCUGUCCACCAGAUUACUCCAAACCGAAAGAAUGUUGGUGCAACCCGCCACAAAAACACUUUGAUCUCUCGCAACCAAUGUUCCUAAAAAUCGCCAAGUACAAAGCUGGGGUUGUCCUGGUUAAAUUUAGACGUGUUCCUUGUGCGAAAAUCGGAGGCGUCAAGUUUGAAAUCAAAGGAAACCCUCAUUUCCUGAUGAUCUUACCGUACAAUGUGGGAGGAGCUGGAGAUGUCAGGGCCAUGAAGAUUAAGGGAACGAAGACCGAGUGGAUACCAAUGAAGAAGAACUGGGUACAGAUUUGGAGCAGUGGUGUUGUGUUGACCGGACAAUGUUUAUCGUUUAGGGUCACGACAAGUGAUGAAGUUACGAAAGAUUUUAUCGACGUGACACCGCCAGAUUGGGGAUGUAAUGGACAGAGCUUUGAUGGAAAGAUUAACUUUUAG